CCCUCAACGGGCGAAGAUAGGCUGCCGCCGUUCGAGCCCAUCGUUUAAAUACCCCGUUUUUUUUUUCUUUUCAAUUCCCAUUUAAUGCAGAUACAGAAGAAGACGGGGGUCGGAGAGCGGGAGAGAGCUCAGGGAGCCACAGGAAGGGGGGAAAUAAUGGCAAUUCUCGUUAUAAAUCAUGCCGGUAACACCCACUCUCCUCCUACAGCGGACCCCUUUUAGUCUCCGGCGACGUUAAAUCGGAGGAGUAACACCAAUUUAUAAUAUUAAUAUACACACGCACCGAGGGCGAGAAUGGGGAUGUCGUGGGAAGACGCGGUAUUGAUUGAGGAAAGUAAGAAUUCCGGCCACCCAACCGUAGUGACGGUGAACUGCCCGGACAAGGCCGGACUCGGAUGCGACCUGUUAAGAAUUGUCCUCGAAUUCGGACUCUAUGUUACCCGUGGAGAUUUCUCUACCGAUGGAAAAUGGUGUUACGUAAUUUUGUGGGUUGUCCCACGCCCAAUCUCACUAAAAAUCGAUUGGGAGAGCUUGAAGAAACGUCUCGUAUCUUGUUGUCCAUCGUUUUUACCUGCAUUUUACAUCGAUCAGUUCUCCGGUAGCUCAAAAUCACCUCCACUGUACCUGUUGAAGGUUUUCUCCUUGGAUCGAAAAGGGUUAAUACAUGAUGUCACAAAACUCCUAUGCGAGCUUGAACUAACAAUUCAACGAUUGAAAGUGAUGACAACACCAGAUGGAAAAGUUGUGGAUCUCUUUUUCAUCACAGACAGCGUGAACUUAUUGCACACAAAAUUUGGACGUGAAGAAACAUGUGAACACCUUAGUGUUGUGUUAGGAGAGUGUUGCAUUAGCUGUGAACUUGAAUUAGCAGGACCCGAAUAUGAAUGUCAACAAGGGCUUUCUUCUAUUCCUGAAACAAUUGCAGAAAAAUUGUUCAGUUGUGAGUUUUCAUCUAUGGAAGAUGGUUCACAAGCUAUUAUCUCUGAUACAUCAAAAAUCAAGAAAGCUAGUGUAGUAAUUGAUAAUUUACUGAGCCCAGUUCAUUCCUUGCUUCAAAUCCAAUGCCAUGAUCAAAAAGGCCUCAUCUAUGACAUUUUAAGAAUUUCCAAAGAUUGUGGUAUCCAGAUUGCAUAUGGAAGAGUCUCUCCUAGUGUUAAUGGAACUCGAAGUUUGGAUUUAUUUAUCCAAAAUGAAAAUGGGAAAAAGAUUGUUGAUCAUGAAAACCAAGUGGCUUUAUGUUCUCGUUUAAAGGAGGAGAUGUUACAUCCAUUAAGAGUCAUCAUCACCAACCGGGGCCCGGAUACACAACUUUUGGUUGCUAAUCCCGUUGAGAUAUCCGGGAAGGGAAGACCUCGUGUUGUAUAUGAUGUCACUUUGGCAUUAAAAACACUCGAUAUAUGCAUCUUCUCAGCUGAGAUUGGAAGACAUUCGACAUUAGAUCGUGAGUGGGAAGUGUAUAAAUUCCUGUUGGAUGAGAAUCAAGGAUUUCCUCUAACAAUUGAAAUUUACGUAAUAAACGACAGAUCAAGUGUCCAAUAUGGAGCCGAGACAGAUGCAGAAGUCCUGGUUUAUCCAAGCGGUUCAGAAGCAGAGGCGAAUCUUCAUACCAUGAUACACCUAAUUUUUGUCUGA